AUGAGCUUCACGAACCCGAUCAUCCCGGGUUUCAACCCAGAUCCCUCAAUCGUUCGAGUUGACAAGGAUUUCUUCUUGGUCACCUCAAGCUUUGAAUACUUCCCCGGCGCUCCAAUUUACCACAGUCGGGACUUGAUUCAGUGGAAGCUCAUUGGCCAUGCGUUAACAAGACCGAGUCAGCUUCAGAUUCACACGCCCGAGCCGGGUGGAGGCGUGUGGGCCACUACUAUCCGCUACCAUCGGGGUGUGUUUUACAUCACGGCUGCUAGCUUUCAACGAUAUCGGCCUCAGCAGGAUGAUCGAGUCUGGCCGCAGGGAUUCUACGUUAAGACGACGAAUAUUUGGGAUGAUAGCACCUGGUCUGAUCCGGUUUAUUUUGAUCAAGUGGGAUUCGAUCAGGAUCUGUUCUGGGACGAUGAUGGAACUGUAUACCUAUCAUCAACCUAUCGCAAGCUCGAGCCCACACCGGGCGCAAAACUCAAGGACUUUGCCAUUCAUAUCUGCACGGUCGAUCUCGACACGGGACACUCCACAUCAGAACCAAAACUGAUCCGCGAGUCAUCAUCUGGAGUCGCGGAGGGGUCGCAUAUCUACAAGCGCGGUCGUUACUAUUACCUUUUCACGGCCGAGGGUGGUACUGAGAGUGGGCAUUGCGAGUGGGUUAGUCGCAGUGAAGUUGGUCCCCUGGGACCAUGGGAGCUUGCACCCAGCAAUCCCCUCUGGCGUAAUGGAGUGGACGAUGAAGUGCAGAAUACUGGUCAUCUAGAUCUAGUUGAAGAUGCGGAUGGGGAGUGGUGGGCGGUUCUUUUGGCGGUUCGGCCGAUGCGAAGAGGAGAUCAGUGGGAGGAGUCCGUUUUUGGGAGAGAGAGUUUCCUUGUCCAUGUGGAGUGGGACAAUGACUGGCCCGUCAUCAAUGGCGGCAAAAAAAUUUCACUCCAGUCUCAUGGACCGGGGCUCUACCAGCACGAAAUUCCGGUCUCCUGGAAGGAUGAAUUUUCAAGUCCACAGCUUCAGUUGGGCUGGUAUAGGAAAAAUACCCCCUUUACUGUCGACUAUUCUCUUACCGAACGCCCCAAUCAUCUUCGCCUGUAUGGUGGGCCUUGCACCCUUUCGGUACCCGCCAGCCCGACCAUGUUCCUGCGAAAGCAGACUCAUCGAUUUUGUAUCUGGGAGACGCAGCUAUCGUUUCAACCAACCACGGAGCACACCGAGGCUGGCACGGUCGUGUGGUGGAACUAUUUCACCCAUAGCAGCCUUGGAAUUCGAAGAAGAGGUGAUCAUCGAGUCAUUCAGUUCCGGCCCUCGGAGGACGACAUGAUUCAAAGAAGCUUGGAUCUAACCGGCGAUGUGAUUCUCGUUAUUGAAUGUGGUGACGAGUACCGAUUUGGGUAUCGCGACCCAUUUAGCUCGGAGACUAUUUGGAUUGGAAGCGUGGCCAAUCACGUCGCGACCAAGGCACCACCGGUAGGCGCACCGUUCACAGGCAUGAUGCUCGGGCUUUAUGCAUUUGGUGACCGACAGCGUUGUAUGACACCCGCGGACUUUGCAUAUGCAGAACUUAGAUGA